AUGGGGCGCAUGUACAACAUUGGGCUCGCGCUCUUCUGCUCGAUAGGUUCCUUCUUGUUCGGUUAUGACAGCGGUAUCAUCUCCUCUGUGAUUACAUUCCCCUUCUUCAAGUCGUUCGUGGGACACGAAAGCAAUUAUGAGAGUCUCUCCGGCGCAGUGGUAUCCACUUUUACUGGCGGCUGCUUCUUCGGAGCAAUGGGCGCCGGGUGGACAAACGACAGGUUUGGUCGCAGGCGCACUAUUCAACUUGGUGCAAUCUUCGCGUUAUGGGGAUGUGCUAUGCAGUCCGGAGCUAACAACUUCGCCUGCAUGUUGAUUGGUCGUAUUGUUGCUGGUUUCGCUAUUGGCAUUCUCUCCAUGACCGUCCCUCUGUACAACACUGAGAUCGCCCCACCGAAACAUCGUGGUUUCAUGGUCGGUCUCGCGCAGCAAAUGAUCGGAAUUGGCUUCAUCGUCGCAAACUGGGUUGGCUACGGCUGCCAAUUCCUCGACGGAGACCAGCAAUGGCGUCUUCCGCUCGGCCUCCAACUUGUACCCGCCACGCUUUUGCUCGUGGGCUCUGUCUUUAUGCCACGCUCCCCGCGUUGGUUGCUCGAACACGGGCACGAUGACGAAGCGCUUGCGGUGGUGCGCACGCUCCACAGUGCAAGCUCCUUGGGCGAAGAAGAGGCCGUUGCCGAGUUUGCACAAAUGCGCGAGACAAUCAAGGCCGAGGCGGUCGUACGCUCGAGGAGCCUCUCCGACCUCUGGGCGACGCGCGGCAUGCUCCGCCGGACCCUGGUCGCGGUCGGCGUCCAGGUGUUCGGCCAGUUCUCGGGCAUUAACGUCAUCAACUACUUUGGUCCGUCGAUGUACAAGGCACUGGGUUUGAGCGACAGCCAGUCGCUGCUCGUCCAGGGCAUUUACGGCGCCGUCGGACCGAUUACGAACUUCUUCUUCAUCACCCUCAUCCUCGACACUGUCGGACGCAAGAAGCCGCUCAUGUUCGGCGCGGGCAGCUUCAUCGUCACGUACUCCGUCCUCACCGCCAUCGUCGCCUCCUUCCCGCCCGACGAGUCCACGAACUUGGCGGCCCAGCGUGCGGGCAUUGCUAUGAUUUUCCUCACGAGCAUCUUCUUCUCGGUCAGCUUCGGCCCUGUGUCCUGGGUGCUUGCCUCGGAGGUCUUCCCCACCCGCACUCGGUCUAUCGGCACGAGUGUUGCAACGUGCGCGAAUUGGGCCUUCAACGUCCUCUUUUCGCAGGUUUCCAACAUCGCUAUCGUGAACAUUUCCUGGAAAUACUACAUUAUCUUCAUCUGCCUUAAUGCCAUAGACUUCGUCAUCAUUGCUUUCUUCUUCCCCGAAACCAAAGGGAAGACGCUCGAAGAGAUGGCAGAAAUCUUCGGUGACGAGAUCGACGCUCAUGACGUUCUGUCGUCCACCGCGGCGCACGAGAAGCUCGAACACCACUUCGAGAAGGCUUGA